AUGAAAUCUGCGCACAGGGAGAGGGAGUCAGGGAUGGACAGUUGCUCAAUUCGAUCGCGGAGAGCUCAAUAUUGCCGAACAAUGGUCAGGGCUUGGGAGAAGCCGCGGCCCGACGGAAAUCGAGGCUCGAUGUUGCCGGAGGUCAAGGCCCGUCGGAGGUUAGUGCAGCCCAGACGUCGCGGUGUUUCUGCACUAUGCGAUGCCGUCGAAAGCUUGGGCUUGUCGGACGAUAGUCGAGCGUGCGAACGGUCGCCGGUCGGAGCUUUGAACGCCGGGAGAUUGUCGCCGGCUACGUGCGCUCGAAGCCGCUGGAAGAGGUUCACCGGAGCGGCGCCGACGAAGGGCUCAACAGGUGGGAGACCAUGGCGGCCCACGCGAGCACCGCCGAGAACCUCGAGGUUUGAAGCAGCGCUGAGGGUGCUCCGCCGGAAUAUCACUUUCUCCACCACCGACGUAGUCUGUCACUGCCCACCACUACCACCAUUACCAGAUUUCGGCGUAGUUCGCCGAAAAUCUUCAACAGGUUUGCCGCUGCUCAUGAACAUGAAAGACUGA